AUGGUCCUUGGAAAUGCAGAAAAACUCGCUGCGCUGGCAAUCCACCCCACCCUUGUGCAGCAUGCGUGGAUGCCGGCAAGAAUUGUCUACUAUCGUCAAUUACAAGCGCAAGCUCCUGCAUCGCGAGAAGGUAGUCAUCCGACGCCGUCAAGUGAGCCAUCUAUAUCCAAUCGCUACUCUGAGGGGCCACCAGAACGCGACGACUGGUGGUACAAAGGAACAGACAAUCUGUUCUUGAAUCGAUCCGGAGAACAUCAUUUCGUGGGUGCUUCGUCCACCACACAUCUCGCGAAACGGCUCAAUCCUGGCUCCACAAACCUUGCAUGGGACGUGCGCCCACUUUACGAUGACCCUUCAUCAUUGAAAAGACCAAUUGGCUCCUCAUUGCCUCAAUUACCACCUUUCGAGUUCGCAAAGCGACUAUUCUGGGUACAUGUGAAUCAGUGGAUUGGCGAGGAAGGUCCCCCAGGUUUCAAAUAUUUCAAGCAUGCGUUACGUUUCUUGCCAGAUAUUCACGAAGAGGGCUCGAUUCUCUUCGUGGAGGUGCUAUGCUAUGUGGCAUACUAUAUGCAGAAUCUGAACAGGCGGGACGCUGCGUUCCUAUACAUUGGACUCGCUCUGCGAAUGGCUAUCUCGCUAGGUCUUCACCAAGAGGUGUCUGAUCCCUCAAUAACCGAAGAAGAUCGCAAUCGUCGACGUCGGGCUUGGUGGUCUGUUUAUAGCUUGGACAGGCUACUCUCGGUCAAGUCUGGCAAUCCUAUUACAAUUCAUGAUGAAGAUAUUGGGAUAUCCUGGCCCACAACUGUGAUGGCCACAUCAGAAAUCUACAGAAAGAAACCAGGAUCAGGAUCCAACUUGGUUGCUUCUGUCCAAAGUAUUACAAAUGACCUUUCUGCCUGGCUGCGGCAAGUACCAGACCGACUUCGUAUCGAUUUUGCUACACUCGAUACCCAUAUCAAUCGAGAGUCAGUCUCGAUCAAUUUGCACUUCUACUCAUGCGUGAACAUGACCGCACGCCCGUUAGUCUUCUAUGUGAUCCAAAGGCGACUUGACGCAGAAGCCCUUGGAUCCGCAACAGAAGAUUGGAAAGAGGGCCUGGCUCCCAAUACUGUCGCCGUCAUUGACAGCUGCAUCACAGCAGCACGAGCAACCACUGUGAUCAUGGAUGCAGCUGCAAAACAUAAUCUCGUUGCUACAUAUGGAUACCUCGACGGCGAAUAUAUCUUCUCCGCUGCACUGCUGCUGGUCAUGGUGAAUGCCGCGUUUCCGCCUGAUGAGACCAACGCCCGGGCCAUGGAGACCGCACUGAGCCUUCUUCGCGGUAUGGCAGAUCGCGGAAAUACAUAUUUGGACUCACGUCACAGAUUAUUGUUGGAGCUACAGGCAGCCAUUGGACCUAGACGCACCGAACAAAAUAAUACUGAUACAGCAAAUUCGCUUGCUGUAGGUCACAGGGGCCCUGUAACGCCCAUGACCGAAAAUGGCGCAAAUGUAUCAGAUAAUGUUCCAGAUUCGAGCGCAGAAUUAGCACCUUCGCAAGUGCUUACAUAUAACUGGCCACAGCAGCCUGAUCUCCCCUCUUUCCGGGAUAUUGCCUUCCAGUUUGAUCUAAAUGAUGAUCCAGCACUCUGGGAAGGGGCUUUGGAUCAAAUCGACAUUGACAUGGACACUGACUGGAUUGAAAAUACUUUAAAGCGAUAA